GUGUCAACGCAGAGUACGGUUGCCCUUCGGAUUGGUUCCUGUCCUGGGCUGCUCUUUCCCAAUGGCGUAUUGAAUAAUAACAAUAACAAUGCCAAUGGCCAGUAUCCUGAGAAGCGCUUCCAACUUUUUCGUCAGAAGCUCUCCGACAUUGCGUGUGGGAAGUGGUCUGUUCCAAGCUCAAAUUAACGGGGGUGGCAACAGAGUUCCCUUCAUCAACCGCACUUUGGCCUCAAAUGCUGCCUCUCCUGCUCAGGACUCGAGCGCUGGUGUUGACCUGAAGCUCAGCGAUGCUUGUGUGAAGAGACUUAAGGAGAUCUGCACCGAUGAUGGCUCAGGUCUCCGACUUGUUGUCGAAGGUGGUGGAUGCUCUGGCUUCCAGUACAAAUUUGAACUAGACUCACAAGUUGAGGAAGAUGAUAGGGUGUUUGAGCGAGAUGGUGUGAAGGUGGUCAUCGACGUAGACUCCCUGGAGCUUGUCAAAGGAUCCACAGUGGACUACUACCAAGAGCUGAUCCGAUCCUCCUUCCGUGUCACCGACAACCCGCAGGCUGAACAAGGCUGCUCAUGUGGAGCCUCGUUUUCUAUCAAACUCUGAGCUGUGAUCUUUUAUUUGUAAAAAAAAUUUUUAAGGGAAGGAUGCUUUUCUGCUGUUUUUGUUUGACUGCAUGUCUGUGACUGUGGUGUGGUAGUGAUCUUCAUUUUUUUUCUUUGAAGUCUAAUAAAAAAAAAAUUGUUAUUAAAGAAGUUAUGAAACUUGUGUUGAUAGAAUAGUAAAAUCUACUUUAUGGAGAUAUGAAUGAGUUUGUGAGCAAGAGAAAAGUUGGUUUUUUAUUAUUUCUCCUUGUGUAUAUAAAUAUAUAUGUUGAGAUUUGGCAGGACUGAAUUAAGAUAAUAAAUAACUGCAUCUGAA